AUGGCGACAGACAUUGUAGCGAAAGCUACUGAGGUUCUUCAGCCCAUAUCGGGAAGAUCAAUCGAAGAAAUCCUCACAUCAUAUCCGGAUGACAGGUCUUUGUCUACAAAAAUAUUGGAUCAUCCUGAAGAUUUUCAGAAUACUUUCAUGCUCGCUCAUGAGCAUAAAAUUAAAGUUGAUGGACUUGACAUACGUUCAUGUCACAACAUCCAAGACCCAAAAUCGAACUCAGUCGUUCAUUUGUUUAUACAUGGACUAGGUGGUAAUAUUUGGCAGUUCGAACCUCUUUUUAGAUUACUUGAUCUAAAAGGCAAACUCUUCUUUGCAAUUGACUUACCUGGGUUUGGAAAGAGCGAUGAACUUGAAGAGUACCCUAUGUCAAAAGUAGUACGCAUCAUCAGAAGUUCAUUGCACACAGUGACUGAUAGUCGUGAAUUAGUUAUCGUUGGUCAUUCAAUGGGGUGUCAUCUUGCAAUUCACUUCUAUACCCAGUUUCAAAAGCACGAAACUAUCAAUAAUCUUAUUUUGUUUGCACCAGCCUCUCCAAAUCUCCCUCAGUUGAAUUAUCUAAGUACUCGAGUCCUACUAUUCCUUUUGUUCAAAAUGCCUUUUUUUUUCGAUUUCUAUAGAGCAUGGUUCGAUCAAAGCAAGGGCCUUCAAAGCUCAGGUAUCAAACAGUUCUUUUAUAAAGGAGCUACAUAUCAAAGGCUUUCACAAUUUCAUAAUAAUGUUCAGAUAAAAAGCAGGAGUGUAGUCGGCUACCUCAGAGGCUGGGAACAAAUUGAUUGGACCCAUCUCAAACUAACAUCGAAAAUUGAAGUUAUCGCAGGCGAUAAAGACCCUAUUACACCAUUGGAAGUUGUUGAGAAAUUUUAUACAAUGUUAGGAGUGACUCCUCAGAAGAAAUUUUACGUCUUAAAAGAUUGCUCGCACAAUAUUUGUUUUGAUCAACCUGUGGAGGCUGUUGAUACUUUCAAUAAGAUCAUUAGUAGUCAAGACUAG